AUGCUCGUCGGUCGGCGGAAGGUCGUACCGUGGUGUUCUGCGAUUCUCGGCGUAUGGACCCUGAUAACUUUCUAUCUGUUCGUCGGUACUGGACCAUUUCCGAACAAGCAUUCACUACUGAGUGGGGAUGAGCCAAUUCCGAACGAGUUUCGUCAAACGUCCAGGAAGAACUCGUUGGGCAUCAACAACGACUUCAAUGUCGAUGAAUACAAAAAGGUUGAGAAUGGUUUCGAUGAUAACAAAGUUGCGGACGAUAGUGUGAUGAAGGAGUACGAUGUGAAGAAGAAUGAUGAUGAAAUGAAAGAAGAGGAAGUGGACGAGGAUGAUCGACUCGAACAGGACGGUAACGUGAUGCCGGUUGCGAUUGUGCCGAUUGAUGAACGUGAAGCGAUCGUUGAUUUGGACAAGUUGGCCAUGCUAGAUUCUCCAGAAGAGAAGUUGGUUGACAUCUGUCCGUUGUAUAACUGUGUUAUCGUUCUGAGGAGGUAUGAGCAACUCAUUGACGACUUUGAAUAUCCAGCUGCUUCUGUUGGUCUUGAUCUUAUCACUUGUCAUCAUCGACUGAUUCUGUGGCUUGACCCAAGCACAUUCCUCGCCCAUGUGACAAAGAACGAAACAGAACAGAAGAAGAUUUUAUUCGAAAAAUAUCAGUUCAACGGUCUGCUUAGUGAUCGAAUCGGUUAUCGACGAAAGAUUCCUGAUACGCGAAAUUCACACACCUUAUCCGAUCAGACCACUUCAUCCGAUCGUCGCAGUCCUUUGUUUGCUGAGUGGGGUUCGCGACGCGACUACUGA